CAGAGCCCAGCCAUGCCAAUAACAAGUAAAGGGUCAAGACGGAGGGCAUGGGUCAGUGGACCCUGCGUGUGUCUCUGGUGGUGGAAGCCAUUAUUUUACCUCUGCGCUGUCCUUAUUCAGUCCUCAACUGCUCACAGAACGCUGGAGCUCCAGCUGGAUGAAGAGCAGCCCGCGGGGACCAUCGUCGGGGAUAUCAGCGCUGGGUUACCACCUGGCGAAACGUCAGAUCUUUACUUCAUCUCAGACCAUGAAGACACUGUUGGCAGUGACCUCAACAUUGAUGAAUCUACAGGCAUCAUUACCACAGCACGGCGCCUGGACCGCGAGCAGAGGGACCACUAUAGCUUCAUUGCCGUGACAAUGACGGGAGUAACUAUUGAGGUGUCCAUCACUGUCAACGACAUCAAUGACCAUGCACCGAUGUUCCCUAAAAAGAAAGCUGUGCUUAAGAUUCCCGAGCACACGGCAGUGGGGACGAGGUUUUCCCUGGAGCCUGCAACUGACGCAGACAAGGACCAGCUGACGACUCAAGGCUACGCUAUCAGAGAGGGGAAUGUAGGCCAGGCAUUCAGACUGGAGACCAAGAAAGCUGCCAACAAGGUUCUGGACCUGGUGGUGAAUGGACCACUAGACAGGGAGAAGCGCUCCUCGUACUCCCUCGUCCUUGAGGCCUUCGACGGGGGCUCGCCGAGAAGGAUGGGAUCCAUGAGCCUGGAAGUGACAGUGACGGACAUCAACGAUCACGCGCCACUGUUCAAUCAGAGCAGAUACCACGCCAUCAUCUCCGAAAGUCUUCCACAAGGAAGUAGCAUCCUGCAGGUGUUUGCAACAGAUGAGGAUGAAGGCGAUAACGGUCUAGUGUUGUAUGAAAUCAACCGGCGCCAGAGUGACCCUGAACGCUACUUUGUCAUCGACGUCAAGUCUGGUGUCAUCACGCUGAACAGACCACUGGACUAUGAACUAAAGAGGGUACAUGAACUGGUGGUCCAGGCCCGGGAUAACGCCAGCCACCCCGAGGUGACCAAUGCGUUUGUGACUAUCCACGUCCGUGACUUCAAUGACAACCAGCCCACCAUGACCAUCAUCUUCCUGAGUGAGGACGGCUCGCCGAGAAUCUCAGAGGGAGCCCAACCAGGCCAGUACGUAGCCCGAAUAUCUGUCACUGACCCGGACUAUGGAGAGUACGCCAAUGUGAACGUGUCCCUGGAGGGCGGUGACGGCAAGUUUGCUCUUACAACCAAAGACAGCAUCAUUUACCUGAUAUACGUGGAUCAGGUCUUGGAUAGAGAGGAACGUGAUUCAUACGACCUCAGGGUGAUGGCCACAGACUCGGGCACGCCCCCUCUCAGGGCGGAGUCGUCUUUUACCAUCCAGGUGACUGAUGUGAACGACAACCCCCCUCUCUUCGACCAGCAGGCUUACAGACAAACUAUUCCUGAGGUUGUUUACCCUGGAUCCUUUGUUCUUCAAGUCACCGCGAGGGACAAAGACCAGGGUCCAAACGGAGACGUCCGAUAUAGUCUCCUCAAGGGCAAAAACUCGCACUCUAAUUGGUUUUCAAUCGACCCCGUCACGGGAAUCAUUACCACGGCAGCAGCUCUUGAUUUCGAAUCGGAGCCGGCUCCUAGUGUGACUGUGAUUGCAACGGAUAAUGGCCGCCCGCCGCUGUCAUCCACAGCCAAGGUGGACAUCGUGCUGCAGGAUGUUAACGACAACACACCUGUGUUCUCCAGCAGCCUCUACAGCGCUUCCAUCAAGGAGAACACCCCAGCUGGGACCUGCUUCUUAGAGGUAAGAGAAACCCCCGAACAAGUGCACCCUCCUCGCUUUUCCCUCGGAGUCUUUUAUCAUCCUCUACCGCUCUGUCUUCACUGUACUUGUCUGUGUAUGGGAACUGCCGUGUUCAAUUCUCAUGGUGCUCAGUCUUGCCGCGCAUUGGCCACACCGCUGUCCUACUUACGCAGCCAAAACCAAGUAUUCACUGCCUCCCCUGUCCCCUCAUCUCUUUAUUCACUCUCUCCUUUCACUUACACACCUCCCCGAAGCCCUGUCGGAUUACUUCCUUGGGAGAAGACUGAUUUAUAUAUCAGUAUAAAUGAGAACUCAAAAUCAUGUGGAUGAUAAUGUGAAAAGCAGCGAUGUGAUUCAUAUAAA